GAACUUAUCUGCUUCUCGUGUUUACUUUCAAUUCUUGCUGUCUUCCACACAGUGUGGUUACUGUGCGUGACUCAGUCGGCCAUAAACAGGUCUUUCCUCCAAGAUAUGGCUGAGAAUAACUCCCUGACGGCGUCCACCGACGCUCCUCCCGCUCUGAUGGAAGGCGAGACUUUCCACGUUUUCAUCAGCUACAGCAGCACAGACCACCAGUGGACGCACUCCCUCAUAGACCAGCUGGAGGCCGGCGGCCUGCAAGUCUGCUACCACGAGCGCGACUUCACACCUGGCCGCACCGUGCUGGAGAACAUGUCCGAGUGCAUCCAGGAGAGCCAGAAGGUCCUGCUGGUGCUCAGCUCGGAGUUCGUGCGGAGCCACUGGUGCCUCCUGGAGGCCAACAUGUCUUUGUUCCGAGACUGCCUGGAGAGGAAGCCCAUCGUCCCCGUGCUGCUGGAGCCGGGAGUGUGCGUCCCGCUUCACCUGUGCCACCUCACUUACCUGGAGGCCGGCGACACCGAGUUCCUGGCCAAGCUGCUCAAGGUGCUCUUCACCAACAACCGGCAGCUUCUAGGCGCCACGGUGGUUCCCUACCAGCCUCCGUCCAUCUACAACGGCAAGGCCCUGCAGCCUUUGACUGCUGCCAACGUGGAAAAUCUUCACAAGUGGGAUUCGGGUACGUUCAGUGACAUGGUUGUGCCAGACCAACUGCUGCUGAUUAUUGAGGACAAGGACAAGUACCGGAAGGCCAUCGCCAUCAUCAACAGUGUGUCUAAAAAUGAAGUGUGGCUGCGGCCUCUCUGGAUGAGAGUUGUGCUCUACAUAAGUGGUUUGAUCAUGUUCAUCUCAGUACUUGGGCUAUUUAUUUACUCGACAGGAUUAGUGACACAAAUAAUUCUUCCUGUAGAAGUGGGCUAUUCCCAUGUUGGAGCGUGGGUAGUAACCAUUGUGAGUUUCUUCUCCGUUCCAAUCGGGUUGCUUGUUCAGCUUUUGCUCUGGAAAAUCGACGACGAGAAGCACGUGGUGGGGGCGAUGCAGAAAGCCGCGGGGCGGGCCAAUGCCAUCCUCCGCGAGGAGAAGCUCCUCAUGGGCUGCCUCUCCAAUUCCAACUUAUAUCUGGUCUACGUUUGUUUGGACGGCUGCGAGGGCGAGUUCGAGGAGGCGUUCGAGUCGCAGGUGGACGCAAAGGAGGCCUUUGAAAAAGCCCUGUGCAUUUUCUCGUCGGGUUACGCCUGCUGCCUGGCCAAAAAACACUUCCCUUUCCCUCAGCCCGACUCCCGCCUGGGUCACCUGGUGGGCGGGGUUUGUUUUUGCCAGUACGUCUCCCUGCAGCUGAGCCGAGGGGAGUGGAAGUGAGAGCAUCGGGGAGUCCCGAGUACAGUAUCUGAGAAAAGUGAGUGCGUCCUUCACAUUUCAUCCAU